AUGCUCGCCACCCACGCCAUGGGGGUCAACUACUUGAAGGACGGCCCGGAGGUGGCCCUGAAGCCCGACUCCGAGUACCCCGACUGGCUCUUUCAGAUCCACCUCGGCCCCCCCAAGAAGCUGGAGGAGCUGGACCCCGACUCGGUGGAGUACUGGAGGCGCCUGCGGAAAUACAACAUGUGGCAGCGCAACAGGCUGAAGAAGGGCAAGAAGAUGUUGGCCCGGCUCUGCGAGCUCCUGGAUAACGCUGGCCGGGGCUGGCGCAAGCUGGCUGAGGUGGCCGGGGCAGAGAAACGCUUCAAGUGCAGCGCGGAGGAGCUGGAGAUGUGCUCGCUGAAGGUGCUGGAGCCCUGCGGCAGCCCCACGCAGUGCCUCCUGCAGCUCCUGGCCGAGCGAGACUGCACCCUCAGGUACCUGCUGGGCUGCCUGGAGAGGAUGGGGCACGCGCAGGCCUGCCAGGUCCUCAGCAGUGGGACGCGGGUGUCCCUGACCUGCUGGGCGGCCGGCCCGCCGGGGCUCGUGUACCAGUGGUUCUGCGGGAAGCGGGAGGUGCCCGGAGCCACGGGCCCGGAGCUGGUGAUCGACACGGCCGCUCCACCGGGCAAGCCCGAGUGGUACAUCUGCCGGGUGAGCUGUGGGGCCGCCUUCGCCUUCUCCAGGUGGGCCCAUGUCCAGGUGGAGAAGAGCAGCAGCCCCAGCUCAGCCAGCGGUUACCGCCCGACCCUGGGGGGGGCCGUCUCUCUCCUUCCAGGCUCCCCGGAGCACAGCAGCCCCGGCCAGCUGUACGCGCCGCCUCCUCCUGUCCCGGCAGCCACCGACAAAGUGGCCCUGCUGAUCGGCAACAUGCACUACCUGCACCACAAACAGCUGAAGGCGCCCAUGGUGGACGUGCACGCCCUCAGCGCCCUCCUCCGCCAGCUCGACUUCAAGGUGGUCUCGCUGCUGGACCUGCGCAAGGCUGAGAUGCAGAUGGCCGUCAACGAGUUCCUCCUCCUCCUCGACAAGGGCGUCUACGGUUUGCUCUACUAUGCCGGGCACGGCUAUGAAAAUUUUGGCAACAGCUUCAUGGUGCCCAUCGACGCACCCAGCUCCUACACCUCGGCACACUGCCUGUGCGUGCAGCGGGUGCUGCGGAGCAUGCAGCAGCGCCGCACCGGCCUCAACAUCUUCCUGCUCGACAUGUGCCGCAAGAGGAAUCUCAACGAUGACGUCAUCCCACAGGUCGGGGCGCUGCAGGUCACGGCCAACAUCGUCUUCGGCUACGCCACGUGGGCCAAGGCUCACGUCCUGCCGGAGAGCCGGCACCUCCGCUUUGACUGCGGCGUCACCGUCCAGCUGGGCUUUGCCGCCGAGUUCUCCAACAUCAUGAUCAUCUACACCCGUGUGGUGGCCGCCCCCGAGGACAUUGCCAAGUGCGAGGCCAAGCUCACCGACAUACCCGAGGAGCUGGACGUGGACAUCAAGUGCACCAACAAGGAGAGCCCGGAGGAGGUGGGCAGCCCGCUGGCCCCCCCCUGGAGCCUUGGCUGCCCCUCCUGCUGCCUCUACAGCCGGCUCUGCGGCUUGCAGAAACUGCGGCAGGAGCUGGUGUUCACCGUCUGCCUGCAGUACCGCUACCGCGGCAUGGACGACUUUGUGGAGGAGAGGCGGACGGGGAGCGUGGGGAAGCCGCUCAUCGCCAAGCUCAACCUGCGGCUGGCGGCCUCCCCGUCGCCGCCCAGCAGCCCCCUCUCUGCCUCCCCCCCUGCGAGCUGGGGGGCGGUGGGGAGCUCCUGGGUCAACACCCCCGAGGAGAACCUGAGCCCCGAGGUCCCUGGCUCCCACGCUCUGUAGAGGGACAGCGUGGCCCCCCCCUUGUCACCGCAGUCCCCUGGGGCCACAUCUGUCCUGCUGGGGGGGCAGGAGGGGAUGGAGGUGACGUGUGUGGAGGUGGGUGCUGGGAGGGGCUGAGCCCCAUCCUGGCCUGUGCCAGGGGGUGCGGGGCUCACUGCGCAGCAGGGCUGGGACCCUGGGCACAGGGGACUGCAGCUGGGUGCUGCAACCCUGCGGCCCCCAGAACAGGCGGUGCCAGCCCCACGUCCCCUGGCAGGGCAGCGCCAGCCCCACGUCC